UCACAUCAUACGGUAGCAUCAUUAGCUGCUCAUCAUCAUCAUCAUCAUCAACAACAACAAUUAACCAAUGGUUUAAAUGUAGCAGGUGUAUUACCACCACCACCACCUCCGCCACCAUUACCAAAUAAUCAUCAUCAUCAUCAUCAUAAUCUUCCGUUACAUAUUCCACAUCCAAAUCAUCAUCAUCAUCAUCAUCAUCCACAUUUGAAUCUACAUUCACCAUUGCCGGCACAUUCAUCAUCUACAGCAGCAGCAGCAACAACAACAUCAUUUGAACAAGUGUUACGUUCAGCUGCGGCCGCAUCGAUUGUGACCGGAAAUGCCACCAUAUCACCAACAUCAUCACCAAUUAAUCAUAAUAAUUCUGGUGUAAAUAGUGGCCAUGGUAAUAAACGUUCACGAUCACCAUCUAUGCAUGGUGGUGAUCAUCAUUCAUCAAUGGUUGAAUCAUCAGUGGCUGGAUUUCAGAAAUUUUUUAAACUUUCAUCUACACAACAACAAUCAACAUUGAAUGAUAAUAGUGAUGAUGAUGAUGCAUUAUCUGUAUCAUCGAUUGGAUCAUCAACACGUAUUCAUGGUGGUGGUAGUGGUGGUGGUGGUCAUCCAAUAAAUUUGAUUGGUUCAGCAGCUAGUAGUGGUGGUGGUGGUGGUGGCAGCAGAAGUAUUACACCAUCAUCAUCAUCAUCAACAACAAUAUCACAUCAUGGUGCCAUAGGUGUUGAAACAUCAUCACCAUUUGCAUCGGCAUUUUCAUCAGCUGUUGCAUCAAGUAAUUUUUUAUUGAGAAAUUCAACAUCACCAACAAUAAUAUCAUCACCAUCAUCAUCAUCAUCGUCGAUCAAACAUCCGGCAUUCACAUCAUUGGCACAAGAUCCAAAUACAUUGGCCGUAAUUAAUGCAGCUGCAUUUGCCGGUAAUUUUACCGGUACUGGUAAUAAUGGAAAUAAUGGUAAUGGUGAUAAUACAACACAAAACAUUGGUGGAAAUAAUGGAUCAAGUGGUGUAAAUUCUAGUGGUUCAACAACACCCACUUCACCUAUUGGUGAUCGAUCAUCAUCAUCAAUAACAACAACAACACGACGAUCACAUAGUACAUCCGCAUCAUCAUCAGCAGCAGCUGCUGCUGCUGCCGCUGCUGCAAUUGAUGCUAGUAGCUGUGCUUCUGGUUCUAGUACAUCAAAUGAUUCAUCAAGACAUCCAAAAUGUUCUAAAUGUCGUAAUCAUGGUUCAAGAGUUCCAGUGAAAAAUCAUAAACGUUUUUGUCCAUGGAAAGAUUGUCAUUGUGCAAAAUGUGACCUAACAAAUCAACGUAAAAAAAUUAUGGCUGCACAGGUUGCAUUACGUCGCCAACAGGAACAAGAAGAAGAGCUUGGUAUUGCUGUGCCGGAAAUUAUUUCACCUGAACAACAUCAACAAAUGAUUCAACAAGCUCAAGAACAACAACAACAACAACAAAAAACGACCACAUCAUCAUCAUCAUCGUCAUCAUCAACAUCGAUAACAACAAAAUCAACAUCAAUUUCAUCGGCUUCAUCAUCAAGACAGCAACAACAACAGAAUAGUCCAUCAUCAGUGGCUACUGUAGCUGCAUCAUUAGAAUCACUGCUGUCAUCCAGUGGUCAACAGACGAAUCAACAACAGCAACCAAAUACAAUUGUACAUCAUCAUCCACCAUCAUUAUCAUUGAAUAAUUAUUCAUCAACAAUAACAUCAUCAACAACAGGAACAGGAACAACAUCAACAACAGGGAUUCGUUCAUCACCAGAAAUUAUGGUCUAUGAUGAUGCAUCAUAUGCAUCAAUGUCAAGCCGAAUGGCACCUAGUCCAAUACCAAUGACCGAUGAUAAUCGACGACAAUUAGAAUCAUGGUGUCGUACAUUGAAUCAAAAAUUAAUGGAAAAUCCAAUUGAAUUGAUUAGCAAUUAUGCAUUGAUGGCAUUAUUACGUGAAAAAUAUGAUCCAGGACGUGUUAUUGAUGCCCUACUUGAAGGUAUGUUAUCAAAUAAUCAAUUAAUUAUAAAUGGAAACCUGUCACCAACCACACCGCCACCACCACCAUUAUCGGCAUCAUCAUCAACAUCAUCUAAAUCAUCUAAAUCAUCAUCAUCAACAACAUUAUUGAUGAAUGGUCAAAGAAAUGGUAAAUUAUCAUCAUCAUCAUCAUUAUCACCAACAAGAACAUCGAAAUCUGGUUUUAAUUUGGAUUUAAAUUCUUUAGGUAAAAAUAAUAACAAUAACAAUACAACAUCGGUUAUAACAACUGCUACAAUCACUGGUAAAGAUAAUGAUGAUCGUGAUUUAAGAACAAUAUCGAACAAUGCUAAUAAUCGAACAAAUUCAAAUCCAUCAUCAUCAUCAUCAUCAUCAUCAUCGAUUGCUAAUUUAAUGACAGCAAAAUCAAUAUCGAAUCAUCAUUCAUCACAUUUAACAAAUGUUCAUCUUCAUCAUCAUCAUCAUAAUCAACAGCAUUCAACAACACCGAUGAUGACCAAUGGUUUAUUACCAACGGCAUUAAUUGGUCUGAAUCGUAAUCUUUCAUCAUCAUCAUCAUCCACAUCAUCUUCAUCGCCAUUUGGUGGACAACAACAACAACAACAACAAAUAUCCGGUGGAUUACAACCACCACCGGUGGUAACAAUACCACCACCACCGCCUCCAUCACAUACAUUAUUAAAUCCAUUACUUGCUUUUAGUCAUUUUGCUGAUUUACAGAAUGCAGCUACUUGGUCUCAAUUUGCUGCUGCUGCUGCCAGUGGUGGUGGUGGUGGUGGCGGCGGCAGUAAUCGUUCAUCAUCAGGUGUUGGUGGUGGUGGUGGUGGAAAUGGAACAUUCCCACAUCAUCAUCAUCAUCAUCAUCAACAACAUCAUGGAAAUAUUGGUGGUGGUCCAGCAUUUCCACAUCCACGAUCAUAUUUUGCUGGAUUAUUUCCUGGAUCAUCAUCAUCAUCAACAACAAAUUUACCAACAACAACAACAACAAUAAUAAAUUCAUCGAAUAAUGGAAACAUUAAUUCUCAUCAAUCAUCAACAAUUAAUGGUCAAAGAAAUCGAAAUUUAUCACCCAGUCCAACUGGUACUGCACAUCAUCAUCCAUCAUCAUCAAUGAAUCAUGUUGGUCAUUUUAAUCAUAAUCAUCAUCAUGGUAUGAUUGGAUCCAGUUCAUCCAAUAUGACUAUAAAUUCAAAUUUAAAUCAUCCACAAACAUUGGCUGAAUCAGCAUGGACUGCUCAUUUAACAUCACAUUUAGCAUCAAUUAUUUCGAAUCAUCCAUUGAAUCAAUCUCAACAACAACAACAACAACAACAGACAAAUCAUCAUGGAUCAAAUAUUCAAACAAUAUUCCGUGGUAGCAUUAUUCCGUUAGAAAUGGUUGGUUGA